AGCGGAGCCAAGCAGAUCCAAGCUGGGCAAGCAGAAGAGGCACCGCUGAGCGCACCUCUACGGCUGAGCUGCACCAAGUCCCUGAGGCUCCUGCAUCCGACCCCGUAUUGCACUCGUCCGCUGGAGCGGGAGAAGCCACAGCCAUGUCUGCCGCAAAGGAAGUGGCCAUAGGCAUUGACCUGGGCACCACGUAUUCUUGCGUUGGCGUGUUUCAGCACGGCCGGGUGGAGAUCCUAGCCAAUGACCAGGGCAACCGCACCACCCCCAGCUACGUGGCCUUCACCGACACCGAGCGGCUGGUGGGCGAUGCAGCCAAGAGCCAGGUGGCCCUGAACCCGCACAACACCGUGUUCGACGCCAAGAGGCUGAUUGGGCGCAAGUUCACAGACCCCACUGUACAGUCGGACAUGAAGCACUGGCCCUUCCAGGUGGUGAGCGAGGUCGGCAAGCCCAAGGUGCGCGUAUCCUACCACGGGGAGGACAAGACGUUCUACCCUGAGGAGAUCUCCUCCAUGGUGCUGAGCAAGAUGAAGGAGACGGCGGAGGCGUACCUGGGCCAGCCGGUGAAGCAUGCUGUAAUCACCGUGCCUGCUUACUUCAACGACUCCCAGCGUCAGGCCACCAAGGACGCGGGUGCCAUCGCGGGACUCAACGUGCUGAGGAUCAUCAAUGAGCCCACGGCAGCCGCCAUCGCCUAUGGCCUGGACCGGCUGGGCGCCGGAGAGCACAACGUGCUCAUUUUCGACCUGGGUGGGGGCACCUUCGACGUGUCAGUCCUUACUAUCGACGCUGGUGUUUUUGAGGUGAAGGCCACGGCUGGAGACACUCACUUGGGUGGAGAGGAUUUCGACAACCGGCUGGUGAACCACUUCAUGGGUGAGUUCCGGCGGAAGCACGGGAAGGACUUGAGCGGGAAUAAGCGGGCCCUGCGCAGGCUCCGCACAGCCUGUGAGCGCGCCAAACGCACCCUGUCCUCCAGUACCCAGGCCACUCUGGAGAUCGAUUCCCUAUUUGAGGGUGUAGAUUUCUACACUUCCAUCACUCGAGCUCGCUUUGAAGAACUGUGCUCAGACCUCUUCCGCAGCACCCUGGAGCCGGUGGAGAAGGCCUUGAGGGAUGCCAAGCUGGACAAGGCCCAGAUCCAUGACAUUGUCCUAGUGGGUGGCUCUACCCGCAUCCCCAAGGUACAGAAGCUUCUGCAGGACUUCUUCAAUGGCAGGGAGCUGAACAAGAGCAUCAACCCAGAUGAGGCUGUGGCCUAUGGAGCUGCUGUGCAGGCAGCAGUGUUGAUGGGGGACAAGUGUGAGAAGGUGCAGGAUCUCCUGCUGUUGGAUGUGGCUCCCCUGUCCCUGGGGCUGGAGACAGCUGGUGGGGUGAUGACUACACUGAUCCAGAGGAAUGCCACCAUACCUACCAAGCAGACCCAGACUUUCACCACCUAUUCAGACAACCAGUCUGGGGUCCUGAUCCAGGUGUACGAGGGUGAGAGGGCCAUGACCAGGGACAACAACCUGCUGGGGCGCUUUGAGCUCAGUGGCAUCCCUCCUGCUCCACGUGGAGUCCCCCAGAUCGAGGUGACCUUUGACAUUGAUGCCAAUGGCAUCCUGAGUGUGACAGCCACUGACAGGAGCACAGGCAAAGCUAACAAGAUCACCAUCACCAAUGACAAGGGUCGACUGAGCAAGGAGGAGGUGGAGAGGAUGGUUCAUGAGGCUGAGCAGUACAAGGCUGAGGAUGAGGCCCAGAGGGACAAGGUGGCUGCCAAAAACUCCCUGGAGGCCUAUGUCUUCCAUGUGAAGGGCUCCUUGCAAGAGGAAAGCCUUAGAGACAAGAUUCCUGAAGAUGACAGGCGCAAAGUACAAGACAAGUGUCAGGAAGUCCUUGCUUGGUUGGAGCACAACCAGUUGGCAGAGAAAGAGGAGUAUGAGCAUCAGAAGAGGGAGCUGGAGCAGAUAUGUCGCCCCAUCUUCUCCAGGCUCUAUGGGGGGCCUGGUGUCCCUGGGAGUAGCAGUUGUGGAGCUCAAGCCCGACGGGGAGCCCCCAGUACUGGCCCGGUUAUUGAGGAGGUUGAUUAAAUGACAAGAGUUGGGCUUGUGGACUUUCUAGACUGUCUACUAUGAUCCUGCCUAUACCUUCAGGGGUGGGAGUGGAGGGGAAUCUUACCCCUAAACAGGGAGCUUUUUGUUAGUAUGUUUUAAUAAAGGUGGUGUUUGUCAUUUGACUUUUUAAAAAAUCUUCUCCCACUUCAAACAAGCAGAAGUAAUCACUUUGAACAUUUGUGUGGCCCUUCAACAUUGCUUUUACCUAUAUUUUAUGCAUUUUGUUACUUGUAUGUAUGGAUUUAGUUGUGUGAAAUAAUAGAGCUAAAUAAACUUUUAAAACUA